AUGGCAGGGAGGGAAUUCGGUCGGAUCAGUUCAUGGGGCAGUGGUCCCAAGCGAGGGGGCGAUUUCGAAUUGCACAGUCCUUGCACGCAUCUGGAGUUCCCUCAGACCCUCGCAGAGCCAAUACUUCUCAGAUACGCCACUCAACACGGUUUCCCGUGUCGGUUUGGCACUCGACUGACUCGAUUUGAUACUUCGGCACCAGACUCGGUCCUUGCUGAAGUCGAAGAUCGGAUCUACGGCACAACACAGAAAAUCAGAUGCAAGUAUCUUUAUGGCGCCGAUGGUGCCAAAAGCAUCGUCGUCCAACUGCUUGGAUUACCAAUGUCCAUCAAACCGAGCCAAGGGAUCGCCCUGAAUGUUUUGCUUCGAGCUGAUCUAUCGGACAUCAUGAAAUCGCGAGUUGGGAAUCUACACUAUGUCAUCCAGCCUGACGUCGAGCAGCCUGACUUUGCCGGGUGGUCAAUCGUGAGAAUGGUCAAGCCGUGGUAUGAAUGGCUGGUGAUCAUGAUGUACAAGCCAACUUGUGCGGCAGAUUUCAUGCCAGAGAAAAAGCAGGUCGAGGACCAAGUCAAAUCCGUGAUAGGUGAUGCGUCGAUACCCGUCGACAUCCUCAGAAUAGACAAGUGGAUUAUCAACGAGACUGUGGCGGAAUGCUAUAGCAAAGGACAGGUAUUUUGCCUUGGGGACGCAGUGCAUCGGCAUCCUCCAAUGAAUGGACUUGGAUCAAACACCUGCAUCCAAGAUGCUGCCAACCUGGCGUGGAAGAUUGCUCUGGUCGAAAAGGGAGUCGCGGGACGAUCCCUGCUGGAUAGUUACACCGUCGAGCGCGCACCAGUAGGAGCUGGUGUGGUUGCCCGGGCGAAUUCUUCUCUGAGGGAACAUAUACCUAUCUUUGAAUCCCUUGGGUUUCUCAAUCCUUCUUUGCAAGAACGGAAGCAACAAUUGGCCAUUCUGGAUGAGGUAUCCGAACGUGGCCGAAGUCGCCGCCAGCAACUUAUCAACUCGAUUGAUUACACGUGUCACGAGUUCCUGGCACAAGGAUCCGACAUGGGACAGCGAUAUGAAUCGUCUGCCAUCUUCCUUGACGGCGCAGGAGAGCCUCCAAAGCCACCUUCAGAUCCGGUCUUAUAUUACGAGCCACAUACAUACCCUGGAGUGAGACUGCCACAUGCCUGGCUGAACACGAGCAUUCCUCAAAAGCCAGUGUCCACAUUAGAUCUGAGCGGCAAAGGCCGAUUCACCCUCUUUAUUGGUCACGGAGGAGACAUGUGGAGGGACGCUGCCGCCAAAGUUAAAGAAAGCCUGGCUGUGGACGUGGCAGUAUUUGCAGUUGGCUUUGGUUUGGAAUAUGAAGCCGUCUACAACGACUGGUAUCAUCGCCGCGAAGUCAACGAAGACGGCUGUGUCUUGGUGCGUCCCGACAAUUUUGUGGCGUGGAGAAGCAUGAGUAUGGUUGAGGACUGUACCACGACGUUGCUCGGUGUGAUGAGGAAGAUUUUGUGCCUUUGA